UGAAGCACCAUUGAGUUUGCAUACCACCGAUAAAAGAGAAACUUGCGUGAGCAUUUUUCGACUCUGACGCCGAUCGAACCGAUUUCACAGGUGAUGUACGUAGUCAGAAACCCCAAGGAUGCCGUCGUCUCCUUCUACAAGAUGUUGCAAAACAACAAAACGCUGAGCCCGGAGCUGACGGUCGACCAGUACGCCGAGCUGUACAUGGCCGAUCGCUGCAUCAGCACGCCCUUCUUCUCGAAUGUUCUGCAGGCGUGGAAACAGCGGAACCACCCCAAUAUGCUGUUUGUCACAUUCGAGGAGAUGAAGCAAGAUCUGCGCGGUGUCAUCAACCGCGUGGCAGCCCACCUCGGGAAGCAGCUAACCGAAAAACAACUGGAGCAGCUCGAACGUCACCUCAGCUUCGAAAGCAUGAAGGACAACCAGUGGGUCAACAAGGAGAACAUGGGAUUCAAGAAAACAUACAGCAGCACCGGAGAGAGUCAGGCCUUCAUGAGGAAGGGUCAGACGGGCGACUGGAAGAACCACCUGAGUGCCGAGGUGGCGCAGAAGAUGGACGUUUGGAUGGAGGAGAACCUUCGAGGCACCGGACUGGAGCUGGUCACGGAGCUCCCGCAGAAGUAAAGACUUCUUCAACUUCUGAACCGUUCAAACCGCCAUUCAACCAUCAAACUCAUUCUGGCCUCCUGAAUCGUGAUCUAGAAAAGUCUGAGCAACCACAAAUAUCAGAACAGGAUAGCAAAACUCCCGAGGGGUCUAAAAUUGAGGCUCGAAGCUCCGCGAAUCAAACUGGGAAAUAUCAGAGCAAGUUUUUGCAGAUGCUACUGACCUGCCUUAUGGGUCUUCAAUACAUAUCUAUCUACAGAACAUUCCUCGACUGUUAUUUGUAAAAACACGACGACUUAUAAUUCAGAAGGCCCAAUUCAAAACAUUGACAAUCGCAGAUACACCAGCAAUUAUAGAUUCAAGAAAACUAUGGUUCACCUAAAAGGUGAAGCAUGCUAAAAUUUUGAACCUUUUAUAUGUUGCUGUUUCACUUUUUGUACGAGGAUAAUCAUCUUUCCUUCAAAUACAUAUUAAACAUCCCUUCAUUGUUUUCCGCUAGGACACUGCACGAAUAAAAUAUAAAAGCUGAUGAUCAAUAACAGCAACAUGAAGUGCCUAUUGAAUGCCACAAAAUGCUACUGAAUAGUGUGCUUGAGUGAGUCCCACAAGGAUCUUUCUUAGGGCCCACACUAUUCGUUCACCCGCUUCGUAGGCUGUGUCGAAACAUUGAAGGCACUUCUUAACAUGCUGCUAUUUAAAUAUGUGUGGCUAUUAUAGAUAUGUCUGUACCAGAUUAGGACUAAACAACCAAUCGCGGGUAGCUUAAAAAACACACAUCUGAUGUACUCAGAUUUUGGGUACUUUUGCCUUUAUGUAGCUCGAAAAGGAUAGCGUCUUCAUUGGAAGGAACACCAGGUAUGCCUAUCUUAGCUUUGAUGGCCUCGUGUCCUGCGCUGAUUCAACGAACAUCCUUCCACGAAGCGUUGCAGAUUGUCUAGUGCCCGGAGUCGCUAGCCAAUUUCCCGUCCUUCCA